UUUGAACCGGUCACCAUGAAGUUCAUAAUAUUGAUAGCUGUGACGUCGUUAACAUUUUUAGUAAUUCAUGGAUCCCCGAUGCCAAAAGAAGAUAAAAGCGUACAAGAAGGUAAAGAGAAUGAAAAGAAUACAAAAAAAGAAAUAACUACGGACAAAGAUGAUGAAACUGAGAAAGAUAAAACUACAAAAUCCAAAUCAAAAAAAGAAAAAAAUGAAAAAUCAACUCCUGAACCAGUAAUCGAAGAGGAAGAGAAUAAGUUCUACAUUAUGGUACCAGCAGGAAAAAGAGCACAGAAUUUCAAUCCAUUUAAGUUCAAGAGAAUUCCUAAAAUGCCUUUACAACCUAAAUACGUAUUCAAACAACCAAAUUACCCAACAUUACCUUAUGCAUAUCCAAUGUUCCAAGAAAACCAAGAAUUAAUGGAACCAGAAACUGAAAUAGAGUAUAAUGUACCGAAUAUGAUGAAAAAAAUGACAAAUGAUGUACCGAUGUAUUACAUACCAAUGCGUAAAGGACCGUUAGCAAAUGAUGUAGAUGACAUUCCACGAAUGUAUCAAUCCCCAUUCUUAUUUCAAGAUAAAGAAUCAAACCCUUGGGACCCAUAUUUAGAAAGCCCUGGUUAUUAUAAGUAAAUAUAU